CAAGAUGGCGGCGGAGCGGACAGCCGGCUCCUCUCGGUGACUGACAGCAGAAGCGCCUUUCUUCUCCCGGGGUUCGAACAGUUCACGGUCACAGGAGGAGAACCACACAGAUAGAACCGGACCCAGUUGAUAAAACCCCCGCGGUCUCCUCCGCCUCUCGGCCCCGGGACUGUGAUGAGCCAGCCCCGGUAGACGACACCGGCCGGGCGGACUUGUGAGGACCGAUUUGACGCUCGCUAACGGGGGCAGUUGGCGGGGAUGGGAGAUGAUGGAGGACAAAGGCCCUCGUGUAGCCGACUACUUCGUGGUGGCCGGUCUGACGGACUCGUCCAAGCCGUUGGACCAGGAGAUCCACUUUGACGAUGUCUGCCACAAGACGGCCAAGCCCAAAGCGCCCGUCACCGACGUGGCCCUGGUCAUCCGCUCCAUGGGCGAGGAGGUGCCGCCGGGGUUCACCUGCAUCGAGACCACGCCCGGCGGCCAUUCAGCCGACCUGAACAACGGCGGCCUCAUGGCGCCGCAGAUCUUCAUCUGCUACAGGAGAGGUCGUGACAAGCCGCCGCUCACUGACCUGGGUGUGCUGUUCGAGUGGAAGGAGCGACUGAAGCAGGGCUGCCACCUCAUCCAGACCACGCCCUCCGGCCGGCCGGCCAACAUCAGCGGCAACUCCUCUCAGCGCAUCUACGUCACGUACCGCCGGGCGCCGGAGAGUCAGCCGCACGCCGCCCUGGCCGUCACAGACAUCUGCAUCAUCGUGCCGAGCAAGGGGGAGUCACCGCCGCACACCUUCUGUAAGGUGGAGAAGAACCUCAACAGCAGCAUGUGGGGCUCGUCUGUUUACCUGUGUUACAAGAAGUCUGUGGCCAAAACCAACAUGAUCGCCUACAAAGCAGGUUUAUUCAGCAGAUAUCCAGAGGAGGACUAUGAGUCCUUCCCGCUGCCGGAGUCGGUCCCUCUCUUCUGCCUUCCCAUGGGCGCCACGAUCGAGUGUUGGCCGGCAAAAACCAAAUACUCCCUCCCUGUGUUCUCCACCUUCGUCCUCACAGGAGCCUCUGGAGAGAAGGUGUACGGUGCUGCCAUCCAGUUCUACGAGCCCUUCCCAGAGGAGUGCCUGUCCGAUCAGCAGCUCUCCCAGCUCGGCCUCCUGAGCCUGGAUCCACCCGAGCCCUCCUCCGCCUCCCCGAACCCCGCGGCUUCACCCAGCGGCCACACCACCGACCCCCGCCUGGUGCACACCAACAAGUGCAUCUGCCUGCUCUCUCACUGGCCCUUCUUUGAUGCUUUUCGCAAGUUCCUCACAUUCCUGUACCGCUACUCCAUCUCCGGCCCUCAUGCCCUGCCCAUCGAGAAGCACAUCUCGCAUUUCAUGCACAAAGUUCCCUUCCCCUCGUCUCAGAGGCCUCGCAUCCUGGUGCAGCUUUCUCCUCAUGACAGCCUGAUGCUGAGCCAGCCGGUAUCUUCUCCUUUACCGCUCAGUGGUGGCAGAUUUUCCACGCUGCUCCAAAACCUGGGACCAGAGAACGCCAUCACGCUGCUGGUGUUCGCCGUCACCGAACACAAGAUCCUGGUGCACUCGCUCCGACCGGCCGUGCUGACCAGUGUCACCGAAGCACUGGUGUCUAUGAUCUUCCCGUUCCACUGGCCGUGUCCCUACAUCCCUCUGUGCCCCCUGGCGCUGGCCGACGUGCUGAGCGCCCCCUGUCCUUUCAUCGUGGGAGUGGACUCUCGCUACUUCGAUCUCUAUGACCCCCCGCCAGAUGUGAGCUGCGUGGACCUGGACACAAACACCAUCUUCCACAAUGAAGAUAAGCGAGCGCUCACAUGGAAGAUCCUGCCAAAGAAAGCCUGUAAAAACCUGAUGAAUGUGCUGAGCAAUCUCUACCAGCAGCUGCUCGACGGUCAGCAGCGACCCGACGGGCUGCUGGAGCUGAGCAUGAGCGACUCGUCGGAGCUGAGCUGUGGGAAGAGCCUCCACACGCUGGAGCUGGAGAUCCAGGAAGCCUUCCUGCGCUUCAUGGCAGCCAUCUUGAAGGGCUACCGGUCCUUCUUACGACCCAUCACCCAGGCGCCGUCCGAGAAAGCCACAGACGCCAGCUCGCUCUUUGACCUACAAGGCUUCUUGAAAAGCCGCGACCGCUCUCACCAGAAGUUCUACUCGCUGAUGACCAAGACCCAGAUGUUCAUCCGCUUCAUCGAGGAGUGUUCGUUCGUCAGCGACAAAGACGCCAGCCUGGCGUUCUUCGACGACUGCGUGGACAAGCUGUACAACUCAGAGCGGAGUGCAGACAAAGGAUCUAAGGUGGACGGUGAGAAGCCGGAGGAGUCCAGGCUGAUGGAGUUUGAUGAAUCCCAGCGCAGUGAGCACACGGUGUUCAUCACACCUCCAGAGCUGCCCCCCCUGCCCGAGGGGGAGGAGCACCCGCUCUGCUACAGGUACGAUGGUUUCCCAGUGCUGAGUCUUGACCUCUUUGACCCCAUGGAGGGGCUGCGGACGCCCUCCUCCCGCCUCGCUGCCAGACACAGCUGCCCCACCAGCCCUGCCCCCAUGUUUAGACGCACCAAGCAGGAGAUCAAAUUGUCCCAGAAGAUUGCAAAGAAGUACUCGUCCAUUCCUCAGCAGUGGUCCAAGUGUCUGCUCCGUCACUGCUACGGCCUGUGGUUCAUCUGUCUGCCGGCGUACGUGAAGGUCUGCCACUCCAAGGUGAGGGCCCUGCGCACCGCCUACGACGUGCUCAGGAAGAUGCAGGCCAAGAAGCUGCAGCCGCCGGACGAGGUGUGCUACCGGGUGCUGAUGCAGCUCUGUGGACAGUACGGUCAGCCGGUCCUGGCAGUCAGGGUCCUCUUUGAGAUGAAGAAGGCUGGAAUCCACCCCAACGCCAUCACAUACGGCUACUACAACAAGGCGGUGUUGGAGAGCACGUGGCCCUCCAGCACCAGAGGAGGUUACUUCCUGUGGAUGAAGCUGAGAAAUGUGGUCCUGGGCGUGGCACAGUUCAAACAGGCUCUACGCCGGCAGGGCCCCGUCACCCAGAGCCCUUUGUCAGAUGGCAGCGACCUGGACGCUGUGAGUCACGGCAGCCUGGAGAGCUCUGCCGACACUAACCCGGCCGAGCAGGGCCCCUACGCCGCCGGCUCCGUCAAAGUAGACCCCACUGACGAUAGAUCUAGCACAGGAGACCAGUCAGAUCUGGGUUAUAACUCGCUGUCCAAAGAGGAGGUCCGCAGAGGAGACCCCAGCUCCCAGGACGCUGCCCCCGACAAGGACGAGAAGAAGGAGAGCGACUGCAGCUCCCUAUCUGAGACGGAGAGCGCCAAAGGAAGUAAAGACUGCCUCCCUCAGCUGGACGUGGAGGUCCUCUCCUCCUUCAGGCCGCGGGGCAUCGUGCGCAGCAGCUGUGCGUUUGACGACUCGUCCUGUAAACCCAAGAGCUCCGUGAGCACAGGACACGUGGCAGGUCUCCUCUUCACCUCCUCCCUGGAUGAGAUCUGCGAGGUCCAGACCAACAGUCUGCUCAGGAGACACCGGAGCGCUCUGGAAGAAGUGGUGGGCAGCGCCGGCAGCGGCUCGGCCCUCGAGUGGCCGGGGGUCAGGGGUCGCCGUCUGAGCGGAGACACGCUGGGCAGCAGCGGCAGCGGCACCCCCGUCCUCGGCCUGGGUAUGAGCCAAGGUGAAACGGACCCAGAUAAGAUCGCGGGUCAUCUGGGCGCCGAUGCCAGAAUCCUCUCCGCUGUCAACUUCAGUAAAAACAAGAGGCCUCGUUCGCUGGCUUUUGUCGGAUCAGAGGGCGCCGCUGGACGUCUGGAUCACAGGGAGGAGGACGAGGAGCUGGAGGGACAGGACUCCAGUGAUGAGGACAGAAGUAACACAGAGGCCAUCUUUGAUUUGGAGGAUCUGGAUUUAGACAAGCCUGCGAUCGGCGUCAACGCUCAUCAGAGCCACAGACACAAGAAGCUGGUGGGACGCAGCGCCAGCUCCGGGGCCAUGAUCCCCGGGACGUCCGGAGGAGCAGUGAAGCGCACGGGCAUCGAGAUGGGCUACGACCCUCUGUCCCUGCUGGCUGCAGAGUCCCAGUCCGAGCAGCCGGGGGAGCAGCCGGGGGAGGAUCGGUACCCAGACGGUGAUGAGGGGAGCACGCCGAGCGCCGGAAGGCACCUGGCCAGGGAGAUCGAGCUCUACAUGAACCACAUGGGCAGCCCGCUGACCAGCCGCACGCCCAGUCUGGACCUGCAGGACCCAGCCAGCCCCCUCCUCCUCCACCCCUCCUCCAUGUCCGGCCCCCGCAGAGCCAGCCUGCCCCACAGCUCCUCCCACAGCUCCUCCCUCAGGACGGCUGGAGUCCCACGCUCCUGCACGUUCCACCCGCCCUCGCCCUCCCACCCCAUCUCACGCCAGCGUCUGUGGUCGUCCCCCCCGCGUCGCAGCUCCAGCACCACCCCCAGCCUGAGCCCUCGCCCCUCCCCCUACAGAGAGAGGGCGGACAGGAUGAGCCUGGUGUCGCCUUCACCGUCCUCCUCGUCCUUCGCUCUGGACACUCUGCUCACGCCAACGCUGGACGUCUUCAAAACCAGUGUGGUCUCUGCUGGGAAGGGGGUGGCAGAGAAGGCCAGCCGCUGGUACUCUCGUCUGGCCACCUACACCACACCCACCAAGGACGGUUACGGGGACCGGCUGAGUGUCGGGGAACCGGACGGCUCGUCUCUGCUGGAUGAGGAAGACGGCCGGGGGUCGGAGAGCUCCGUGGUCUCUCCACAGAGGAACGGGCCCUCUGGUCCCUCGGGCCCCCGGCGCAGCCCCCGGCGCAGCCGACUGGACAGCCCCCCCGCCGGCUCCCGCCGAAUGAGACCCACGUCCCUGCUGCCCGGAGGCGUCCUCUCGCCCCCCGGCUUCUCUCUGCCGGACAAGUCGGACGCCGGCUCCUCCCACUACACCAGCAGCACCAGCAUCUUCAACAACUACGCCAUGGAGCUGCUGAUCUCCAGCUGCUCUCGCUGUAAGACCUGUGACUGUCUGGUGUACGACGAGGAGAUCAUGGCCGGCUGGACGGCGGACGACUCCAACCUGAACACCACCUGCCCCUUCUGUGGAAACCCCUUCCUGCCUUUCCUCAAUGUGGAGAUCAGGGACAUGAGGGGACCCGGCAGACUUUUCCUGAAGGGCAGUCCGUCAGUGGACGAGGCGAUGACGUCAUCGUACUCCGCCUCCACGGGUUUCGACACGGGGACGUCCACCUUGUCCACACCCUGUCCCGUAACAGCCGUCUCCCCCCCAUUCCCCAUGGUGGCUGUCCAGGAGUCCUCGGGCGAUGGAAGGACCAGAGCAUCCAGGGCUCAAGGUAUCAACAUCCCCUCAGGAUGCCGGCAGGGCAUGGCGCCCCCUGGAGCAGCCAUGGCCCGCAGCGUCAGCACCUUCAAUCCUCUGGAGGAAGCUUCCCGACCCGGCCGCUGCGUGCCCACGUCCGGCAGCCUGCCCAGCCGCCUCAAUGAGACAUCGGAUCCACUGAACAUGGAGUGGCGGCUCCACAACCCGGAGCCCGUGACCGUGCCCUACCUGAGUCCUCUGGUGCUGUGGAAGGAGCUGGAGAGUCUCCUGGAGAACGAGGGCGACCCGGCCAUCACCGAGGCCGACAUGGUGGACCACCAUCCCAUCAUCUACUGGAACCUGGUGUGGUACUUCAGACGACUGGACCUGCCCAGCAACCUGCCCGGACUCAUCCUCACGUCCGAGCACUGCAACCGAGACUCUCAGGUUCCUCGUCACUGGAUGUCUGAGGACAGUAAACACGUGUUGAUCCAGAUCCUGUGGGACAACCUGAAGCUGCACCAGGACCCCAUCCAGCCGCUCUACAUCGUCUGGAACACCUUCAGGCUUAAUUGUACUCUGUUGUUAGAGAAUGUCGGCUACCCUCUGUCCCGGCCGGUCCCGGAGGAGGAGAAGCCGUUCAGCGAGGAGCUGCUGCAGAGCGUGGUGAAGAACAUCCAGAGGAACGACCUCAGCCGGCCGAUGGCUCAGCUGCUGCAGCUGCUGAACCAGACGCUCGGGGUCAAGAGGCAAAGGAGUUUGUACAGAGACGUCCUCUUCCUCUCCCUCGUGGCUCUGGGCAAAGACAACAUCGACAUCGACGCCUUCGACCGGGAGUACAAGCUGGCGUACGACCGCCUGGUGCCGGGCCUGGUGAAGCUGACCCACAACUGUGACCGUCCUCCCAGCACCGGGGUCAUGGAGUGUCGCCGGACGUUCGGCGAGCCUUACCUGUGAACCCCCCCCCCCCCCCCCCCAUCGUCGAACGCUUGGAGACGAGCUCAGGAAGCCUGUUGGCAGACUGUGAAUGUGAACUCAGAGAUCAGAGCGGUGGAGUGAGGUCAGCGUGAUGUAGCCUGAAACCCGACUCGUCACUUCUCCACACGACGGCUCGACUCCGUGACGAAGGGAAGUCGACGCCCAGCGAUCGGACACGUCCAUCGUUCAACUGGUUUCUCUGGAAAUCCUGUGAAAUCGAUUUAAGAACGGCGGCAGAGGGUUUCUUUUUCUUUUUCUUUUUUUUUAAUGCAGCAUUUAUAUUGUAUAGUCGCAGUAUAUGAAGACAUUUAGCAAUAUUUUAAUUUGAAGUCUAUUUAUACAGAGUCAGCUUUAUUUAUUCUAGCGACGUAUGAAUUCAUGUCUGUAAAUAAUUAACCACGUUUCCGAGGGGCAUGAAAACAAACAUUUACAUCGGAGCUGCGGUGAUAACGAAUGAGACGUUUGAUCCCUGAUUCAUCCUCUUUAUUCGUUGAGCUCGUUCUUGUCAGAUAAUAUUUCCGUGAUGAGUUGAAUCGAUUCUGAAUCUCCGGCUGCAGCUCUGAUGGAAACGUGUUCACGACCUUCUGAAGCCGCCUUGUUUCACGUCCCGCUGCUUUAACUGUCAUUUAAUUCUAAUGUAAAGUUCCACAAGUUUCAGUUUGUUUACACUUCAAUGACUUUUUAAAGUUUCCUCACGUUUCGUUAACCAAUCAGACGUCAGUGUUCCUGUGGAGGCCGGUGUGUGAUCAUGUGAUGCAGUUUACUCCUCUCGCCAGGAAAAUGGCCGACGGUUCCACAACCCAAUCCCCUGAAUCUCCUGAGAACCUGAUCUACGAAGCCGGUUAACUUUAAUACCACAAGAAAAACCUGGAACACACAAAACGAUUCAUCUCACUGUAAAAAAUGUCUGUCACAGGUUUUGUUUCUCACUUUCCUGCAGCUCUUUUGUCCUCGUCGGGAUCCUGUAGAUCUUCUCUCUGGUUUUGAUCUCUUAUCUUAAACUUAAACCGGCUCCUAUUAGCGCUUUAAAUCCAGAAUUUAUUAAAUCCACGACAUCUCAUGGAAACUGGUUGUGUAGUUUCAGAGUAAUCCUGACGACACCUGUGAAAACACAACGUCCUUCCGUGAUCAUAAAGAAUUGAGCUCAGAUCCUUUCUAAACUAUAACUGUAUUUUCUCUUUCAGUCAAACUUAUAUUAAUGUUUAAACAGAUUCUGGAUCAACUGGAUUUUUCAGCAGGUCGUUGUUUUCAUGCUUUGAUCAAACAUGACACGCUGGUUUCAGGAGGACGUCCAGGGUCAAACCUCGAGGGCGUCUCAUGAAUGUCAAACCAUGUGAGUGUGAGUGUGUGUGUGUGUGUUAGUGUGUGUGUGUGUUUUAUCAGUGGCAGAGGAAACCAAAACAGGGAAAGUCUGAAAUCUGCACUUUGACCCUUGACAGUGAACUUUCAGGAGGAAGCUCGUCUGUGGAUCUUUCUUUUGUUUGUGUUAGAAAAAGAAAUUUAAAAAAAAGUUGUACAAAUGACUGAUUUUGCAGAAUCUGGGCCGUGUACAUUAGAACUGGUCCUUUGUAGAAAUCUCGUUUUUGUAACGGUUGGUUCACGCCGACGUCCUGAGAGACGUGGGCCACGGUUCUGAACUGAGACCGGAUCUACAGGACGGAUGGACUGUCAAUAAAAUCAUGUACGAGCUCGA